UUUGUAUUAAUAGUCCGCUAUAGUGGAUGUCAUCAUUGUGUAUAAGAUUGGAAAUAAAGAUGAACAUAUGUCUCCAUAAUGUUUGUACGAGUUAUUGUACGCAUAGUUCGGUUUAUAUACAAAAUCUUGUGGAUAGUAUUGCUGUUAAUUGCUUUGCUUAAUUUUGGUAUUGUAAUCAAACAUUUGUACAAACCACAGCAGACAGAAACAACAAUGGAAGGCAGUACCUGGUUUCUUGUCCUAUGUACAACCUUAGUGCCUUCCGAAAGGCGAAAUAUCGUGCAUAAUAACACCAUGCAUAACUGGAGAACACUAGGUUCCGAUAUAUUACCCGUGCUUUUUCUAAGUGACGAAUUCAAAAAUGUAAGAGAAACUUUUAUAAGAAACGGAUGGAAAGUUUUCGCGAUUGAGCAUUCUUCUUCAGACGGAACGCCUAUUUUACGUCAUUUCUUUUCAGUCAUACAUCGGAAAUACCAAUCCAAGUACAUUGGUUAUGCAAAUGCUGAUAUUCUCUUUACAUCUGACUUGAGAAGCUCUCUAAAUUUAAUUGACAAGCAAAGACAAGCUAUUCCAAAUGAAAACGUUAUAUUCAUAUCAGGAUGCCGCUUUGACAUUGAAAAUAUUACCUCAAAAGAUAUUUCCUCGUAUGAUAAAAUACUACAGAUAAAAGAAGACUCUAAAAAACACCCGCCCUCAGGACAAGACUAUUUUAUAACAGAUUUCAAUUAUCCCUGGGGAGGGAUACCGGAUGUUGUUGUGGGAAAACACAAAAUUGACAACUGGCUUUUGAUAAAUGCUAUUGAAAAUAGUCACACUGCCAUAGAUGCCUCAGUUGGAAUUACGGCAGUUCACCAAACUGUUGACUUGGGUUCAUGGGAAAGUGGUAAAAUGAAUUCUAAUUCGAGUGAUCAUUUAUACAACGAAAACCUUUUGCAGUCAGCAUUCGGUCCCAUCUAUUUCGCGAGUGGAAAUCUCAAUUGCUUGCCACUUUAUAUGACACAUACUUACGGGAAAAAAGAAAUUGUGCUUAUAGAAAGAACUCUAUAUCCUGAAUACUGUAUGCGACAGCAGGUAUUCAGAGAUUUUAUUGAGAAGGAAAGAAAAAAUGCAGAAAAACAACGUAAAGAACGUGAAAGACGGGAACAAAGCAUGUUUACAAUGUCUAAAAUUAAAACUACUAGAUCGUCAGUUCCCAUUAAACACAUUUAUAUCAAACCAAAGAACAAUGAAGAAAACAAUGAACCAGUCGAACAACGAUUACUUACACCCAAUCCUAAUUAUAAGUGUCGUCUCUGUUUUCUAGAAUUAACGCAAUUACGAGAUAUCAUACAAAAUGUAUGUAAACAGAACUAACUUGUUCCAGCGUAGAAGAAACUGAAGAUGUGAAAAAGAUUAUAAAGAAAAUUAAAAACCAAUUGUUCAGAGAACAAUUGAAGGUCUUUCCACCAGUAAGGAUCUAUUUUGAUAUGAAAAUAUUAAAAUUUUCUUUUUAAA